UUUAUAUCGAGUACAGUUGACUACAGCAUAGUUCAGUUCUGUUGGUGAGGUGAGAGCAUCUACAGUAAUCGCGUUCGGAAUCUGUGUCGGACUUCAAAUGUUCUCCGCGUCAUUUCGCGCCGCGUCUGUUUUCUGCAACUUUUCCUUUUGCGCAUUAAAAAGAAAUACAACAAAAAAAUAUUAUUUGUAAGAUCACGCUUCGGUUUUCCUUAUGGAUAUUUAUUCCUCAAAAGUAGCACCUGCUGUGGAUUAUGGAGCGGGUGCGUUUCUCCUCGUCAUUGCCGUUCUUUCCAUCGUGGGGAAUGUGAUGGUUCUUGUGAUGGCGUACAAAAGGUCAGCACAGAUGAAACCCCCAGAGAUGUUGAGCGUGAAUCUUGCUGUGACUGAUCUGGGAGCAGCUAUCAGCAUGUAUCCUCUAGCUGUUGCUUCAGCGUGGAACCACCAUUGGAUUGGAGGGGACGUCACCUGUAUCUACUAUGGCCUGAUGGGAUUUUUCUUUGGGGCCGCCAGCAUGAUGACACUGACCAUUAUGGCUGUCGUUCGCUUCGUCGUGUCUUUAACGCUCCAGUCGCCCAAUGAAAAAAUCAGCAAAAGAAAAGCGAGGAUCUUGGUAGCGGGCACCUGGCUCUACGCUCUCCUGUGGGCUUUAUUUCCUCUGAUGGGCUGGGGAAAAUACGGCCCUGAACCCUUCGGUCUGUCUUGCACAUUGGCUUGGAGGGACAUGAAAGAACACAGUCCAUCAUUUGUCAUCACCAUCUUCCUCAUGAACCUCGUCUCCCCCGCCAUCAUCAUCAUCUCGUGUUACUCCGCUAUUGCAGUGAAACUGUACGUGACGUACAAAUCUAUGGAGAACACCAACCGUUUACCCAACAUGAUAAAGAUGCAGCGACGGCUCAUGGUGAUCGCCAUGUUGAUCAGCGUCGGGUUUAUCGGCUGCUGGGCGCCCUACGGUAUCGUCAGCCUUUGGUCCAUCUUCCGGACCAGUGAUUCCAUCCCUGUGGAGGUCACCAUGCUACCCUGUCUGUUCGCCAAGACCUCCACUGUGUAUAACCCUUUCAUCUACUACAUCUUCAGCAAGACCUUCAAACAAGAGGUCAACCAAAUGGGCCAUCUGUGCGGUUUAUCCAACAUGUGUUGCACCUCAACCUCCAGGAACAUUCCAGAGAAUACCAUCUACCUGGUUUGUGAGGCAAACAAUAGCAAACGUGGAGCGGAUGAGCAAACGUUCGGAAAGAUAAAAGAGACCGAGACUCAGAUGAUGUCGUAUCAAUAACGCUUCUGUGAAUGUAUCUGUACAGAACACGGUUCAUUGGGUAAUGGCAAAUAGAAAAACACAGAAGUGGUUUGCGGAAAGCUCAGGAAUGUUCCAGCCAAAGAACAGCUUUUUCUUUGAAGUAACAGUGUUGUUUGCCUUCAUUUAUAUCAUCAGAACGUCUUUAAUGUAGUCUGAAGCUAUUACACGUUGUUUACACUUUAUCUCAGUGUGCUUCAUGAAAACCACAGUGAUUUAUGUGCAAAUUGCUCUCUAAGGACUUUGUGCAGGUUGUUUCUCAUCAUUGAUGGGCACGUUUGUACUGAUUCACACACUAAAACCCAUUAUUCUCCUUUGAGGAGAAAUCAUGCUGUUUUUAAAUGUAUUCAUUUGACAGAUGCUUUUAUCCAAAGCAACAUACACUGCAUGCAAGCUAUAUAUUUAAUCAGUAUGUGCGUACCUGGUGAAUCAAACUCACAAUGCAAUGCUCUACCAAUUUAGCUACGCUUUUGAAACAGAAACCGGUGACUUACUGUAAAAGUUGCUAACAAUAGUGAAGUUAUUUAUGGUGGCCAUAUUUUUUAGUUCUUACAGAUCAUAAAGAUACCUUUAAUGUUUUAUUUUUACAGUGAGAGAAGUAUUUAUCUGACACAAAAAUAUGGGAAUCUUAAUGUGUAUGAAAUACAGCAUACACUGUAAAAAAUGCCUGUAGAAAUUACAGUAUUGUUUGCCAGUAACUUACUGUAGAUUUACAUUUAUGUUAUUUAGUGGCAACAGUUUGUUCAAAGUUAAAUAAACAUUAACAAGUCUUUGUCUUUACAGAAUAAACUAUAAAAUAACAAAGUCUCAUAUAAAGCAUUCUGGAUAAAAAAAUCUGAAGGAAAAAACAGAAAAAGGUUGAUGAGGAUUUCUGGUUCCCAGAAUGCACUGCAAAAAAUGCAUGGCAAAAAAAUGAUUUUCAAGGAAACAUUUUCUUAGUAUUUUUGUCUUGUUUUCAGUAAAAAUAUGUAAAAAUUCUUAAAUUAAGAUGCUUUUUCUUAAAAAGCAAACCGACCCAAGAACAUAAGUAUAGUUUUUAUACCAAAAAUAUCAAAUUUAAGCAAAUGUGUGCAUAAAACAACACUGUAAAAAAAUGUCUGUAGAAAUUACAGUAUUACUGGGUAUUACUGGCAACUAGCUGCCAGUAACUUACUGUAGAUUUUACAUUUAUGUUAUUUACUUGCAACAGUUUGUUUAAAGUUAAAUGAACAUGAAAUAUUUUCAGUCUUUAUCUUCUACAGUAAGUUACUGGCAACCAGCUGCAUAAUUACAGCAAUUUUUUUACAGUGAAGCAAAAAUAUCUGCCAAUGGGGUAAGCAAAUUUUUCUUGAAUCUAGUGUUUAAGAAAAAUGUUCAAGGUUUUUUGCUUACCCCAUUGGCAGAUUUUUGUGCUUGUUUUAUGCACAAAAUCA